AUGCUUAGUGGAGGCACAAAAUUACUGUUGACUUUGUUAGGAGGUAGUGCUGUGGCUGCAGGUGGAGCAGCUGCUUAUGCCAAGUAUGACCCUAAGUUUCAAGUUACAUUAGAACAAAAUUUGCCUUAUGCUGAAGAAGUCUUCAAAUUCAUACCUGACUGGAAGACACCUCCUUACAGUGAACAAGAAAAAUCAGUUAAAGAAGUGAAAGAAAAGAGCCUGAUGACAAAGAAACUUGAAAGAGACAGUGUAAAGAAAGAAGAAACAACAUCAAAGCCUGUUGUGAUGAAAGAGCCAGCAGCUGAUGAAAAACUAGAAGAAAUUCCAGUCUCUAAAGCUCAAACUCAAGAAUUGUCUGCUAAGAAGAGAACAGAUGAUAAGAAAGCUGCUCAAGAGAAGGUUUUACAAGAAGCAGAAGUUACAGUGUCUUUAAACAGAGCACUAGAAGAGCGAAUUGUGAGCAGGAAGGAGUCUCUGGAGAGAUUAGCCAGAGAUGCCAUUGCUGCUCAACUACUCGCUGUUGAAGCUGUAAAGCAACACACCCAGAAGCUUUAUAAAGCCUUAGAUGAACCUUCUGAUGCUGAAGACAAGAGUAUGUGGGUUGAAAUUAAUGCCACUAGUGAAGCAAGAGAUAAAGCAUUAAAUAAUGCCUCCACCACUGCAGCUGAUGUCAAAGUUAAUAUUGAAGAACUUAAAGCUGCAGUGGCAGAUGGACAAGCAAAUAAGUUGACAGCACAGAAUCCAUCACUCCUUCCAGCUGAAGAGGCAAUAAGUAGAAUUCUUUAUCAGAUUCAGACUGCAGAAACUGAGGUGGCCAAAGCAUUAGGAGAAUCAAAUGUCGUCAGUGAAUACAAAGACAUCAUUGAGAAAGGCAAGGAACAGUUUAAGAAGGAACUAGAGGCCAUUCUUCCCGAUGUAAAACUAGGUGAAAAAUACACUACUCUUUGU